AUGGCGAUCGCACGGCCCGUGCCCACUGCUCAGCGGGCGGGGGCGGUGGUGCCCGCGCCGUCGCAGCUCAAGGUCGCGCUGAUCUUCGCGGUGUUCUUCGGGGUCACGGCCGCACCGUUCGCGUCGAAGAAGUUCCGCGCGAACGAGCAGCGCAUGGCCAACCUCCGCGACGAGAAGUACGAGGCGACGCACGGCAAGCAGGGAGCGAGCGGGGAGGCGUCUCAGGACAACGCAGGCGCGCAGCAACAGCAGGACGCCGGUGGCGCGAAGGACGACGCGCGCGACGCGCGGAUGAAGGGGCCGGACCCGUUCCGCGGCGUCCGCGAGGCCCGCAACGCCGGCGGCCCCGGCGGCCGGAGCGUGCUGGACGUCAUGUCAGACUGGCUGUUUGGCAAGAAAAGUCAACCGGGGGGGGAGUCUCAGGGGCCCGCGGGCGCCGCAUGA